UGAGGCUCGAUUGAAUCGAUCUGCUGGAUCGACCACUUUGACGGGAAGGCUAACUCGGGCCCGACAUUCUCCACGGAGGCGUUCCCGCGCUGCAGUAGAAUGGGAGAAGUCUGCCCUCGACUGAGAGCUCUAGAAGACUCACUUGGUCUCUCUGUGGCCACCUCGCCAUAGUUCUCGGCACAGCGUGACGACGCAUUUCGCGAAAAUCCGCCCAGACCUGCGUGCUCGGCGACGCUCCGGAGAACUCGGUCAUGUCAUCAAACAUGAAUUCAUCGUAUUGCCAAGCGCAGGUGGUCGACCUAAUGCAAGUGCAGCUACGUUUUCUAACGAUAUCGGAUGUCGCUACGGUGAAAGUUCAUUGCCUGGACUGGUUCCCCAUAGAAUACCCGGAUUCGUGGUAUCUCGAUAUCACUACGGACAACGGGAAGUAUUUCUCGUUGGCGGCCGUGCAUCUCGGGCAGAUCAUUGGUGUGGUCGUGGCCCAAACCAAGGGCCUCGAGAGUUGUCGCGAGGAAGAUCAGGAGAUUCUCUCGGCGAAGUUUCCCUUAGAUUCCCGAGUGACAUAUAUUCUCGUACUGGGAGUCUGCCGAGAGUACCGUCGAAGCGGAGUGGCAUCACUACUGAUCAACUCAUUGCUCGAGUACCUGAGGAACGAGCCUGUUCAGAAUGUGACCCAGCGAUCUCGAGCGGUGUUCCUUCACGUUCUCAGUGACAACAUGGCAGCCAUAAGUUUCUACUCGCGUCGGGGUUUCGUCCUCCAUUCCUAUCUGCCGCAAUAUUAUGAAGUCCGCGGAGUAGCGCGCGACGGCUACUGUUACGUCCGCUACAUCAACGACGGCCACGCUCCGUACUCCGGACUCGACAAAAUUUAUCAUUGGUUAGCGUACCGUGCUGCGUUACUCGCUGGUAUUUUGUGUCAUCUGCCCAUUCUGAUACUCAAGAGAUGGAGGAAAAUCGCGCGGAGAAUGCUGACGUGACACACGUCUCUGAAUGCGGCCGUGCUACGGCAGCGCAUUGUUGAGCAUAGAUAGCUAAUUAAUGAUAAUCGAGUGUU